AUGAUCAGAUGCAAAGCUGCUGUGCUCUGGAAGCCUGGAGCCCCACUUGCUAUUGAGGAGAUAGAAGUGGCUCCACCAAAAAAGAAGGAAGUUCGAAUAAAGAUUGUGGCCACAGGAAUCUGUGGUACCGAUAUAAAAGAUAUGGACACAGACGUACUUUCGCAGUUUUGCCCCAUCAUUAUGGGCCAUGAAGCCGUUGGGAUAGUUGAGAGUGUGGGAGAAGAAGUCAGCACAGUGAGAACAGGUGAUAAAGUUAUCUUCUUAUGUAUACCACAGUGUGGAGAAUGUAAUACUUGCCUGAAUUCCAAGAACAACAUGUGUGCAGAAAUCAGGCACUCCGCAGUACAUCUGAUAUCUGAAGACAGCAGCAGAAUUACCUGCAAGGGAAAGUUAAUGCACCAAUAUUUUGCUUUAGGCACCUUGUCAGAAUACACAGUCAUAAACGAAAUCUCAGUUGCCAAGGUUGAUGAUGCUGCUCCCCUGGAGAAAGUGUCCAUAAUUGGCUGUGGGUUUGCCACUGGGUAUGGAGCUGCAAUCAACUCUGCCAAGGUGACCCCAGGCUCCACCUGUGCCGUGUUUGGCCUUGGAGGUGUCGGUCUGUCUGUCAUCAUUGGCUGUAAAGCAGCAGGAGCAGCCAGGAUCAUUGGUGUGGACAUCAACAAAGACAAGUUUGCCAAGGCCAGGACAGUAGGUGCCACUUACUGCGUAGACCCACGGGACUUGGAGAAACCCAUUGAGGAAUUCUUAUUUGAUAUGCUGAAUGGUGGCGCAGACUUCUGCUUUGAGGUCACUGGAAACACGGAAACAGUGGCAACUGCCCUGGGCUCCUGCCACAAGGACCACGGGGUCUGUGUGAUUGUUGGAUCAAUAGGAUUUUGUAGUCCAAUCAGCAUCAGUAGCGAGUUGUUCAUCUCAAGACGUACCCUGAAAGCAUCUGUUUUGGGAGGCUGGAAAACCAAAGAGGAAAUCCCUAAGCUGGUUUCUGACUAUAUGGCACAGAAGUUUAACCUCGACCCUGUGAUCACCCACACCCUGACUCUCAGUGAGGUCAAUGAGGCAGUGCAGCUAAUGAAAAGUGGGCAAUGUAUCCGCUGUGUCCUGCUACCUUAAUUACAAGAUCUACAUAUUUCAGCAUGUAUCAUGAUUUAAAAGAAUCCACCGCACAAUGCUUUUCUAUUUUCUUGGCUUUCAUUUAAUUCAGCAACAAUUUUUUAUCAAGCUUCUUGCCUGACCACACCACGGAAAUUCUUCUCAUGUGACCCAGUGCGGUGGAGAACCAGCCAGCCUCCCUUUUACAGCCAUGUUAAGGUUAAUGUGAAUCACCCAAUGGCAGACUCUACAAAAGGCGGCACAGCAACAUGCUCCAUUGGCGCAGCUGUCUUUACCUAGGGACGCACAUUUCCUCACUCACUGGGUCUUUCCCACGCUGUAUGGAUCCUUCCACACAUGAAGCUCUGUGGAUUAUCCACAAGGUGCAGAAUUCCCACCAGAGAAAUGACUGAAACUGAUAAACAAUUCAGCAAAUGUUUAGGUCCCAAAACCACCACCACAAGAACCAAUAGUGUAGUUGUAUGGCAAUAGCAAGUUACCUUAUACAGAAAUCAAGGAAGCAAUCUCACCACUGCUAUGAGAUUGAUCUCACAAAUAAAUUAACAACAUAGGAACAAAUUUAGUCAAAGAUGAGAUAUCUCUACAAUAAAAAGUAUAAAACAUUGCAGAGUAUCAUGGUAUACUUCUUUAAUCCAAACAGCUUGAUGGCCAAGAAGGGCAGACGAUGUGAGUUCGAGACUAGACUGGUCACAUAGCAAAUUCUACACAGCUUGAUUGUAUAGAAUUGAUCAUGUCUCAAAUAUAGACAUAUUUAAAUAUAUAUACAAAAAUGAAAAAACAUUAUUUGUUCAUGAAUUCAAGAACUGGAAGAAUCUAUAUUGUUAAAUGUCUGUGCUACCCAAAGAUAUCUACAGAUACAAAACACCAGUAAAAUUCCUCACAGAUUAAAAAUAGCCUUCAAAUCUGUAUGAAAUCUCAAAAAUGCAAAUAGAUAAAAUAAUCCUGAUCAUAAAAUACAAACCAGGAGCCGUUAUACUCCAAAAUAUACUAGUGAGUCAUAGUGACCAAAGCAUGGUUUGGCAGAAAACAAGAAUCACAGACCAAUGGAACUGGACAAAGAGCCCAGAAAAACUGAACACAUGCAAUGAACAAGCUAAGAAGGGGCUGGGAAGAUACAUCAGAGGAAGUAGAGUCUUUUCAAUGAUUGGUCUAGGAAAAUGAGAUUAUUUUCCCACAUGGAAAAAAAAAUAAAGCUAAGACUUCCUCCUUUCUCUUGAGCCAGUUACAAAAAUGAACUCUAAGCACACUGAAGUCUUCAAUGGAGGGACCAAAACUACUAAAGUACCAUAAGAAAACAGAGGGAACAAUUGUAGACCUUCAAGUGGGCCAGGCAUUGCUGGACAACGUUCCCUAGGCACAGGAAACAAAAGCAAAGUUAGUCAAAUGACUACAGGCAGCCAGAAAGCCCAGCAAGAGAAGCUGCCACCGAGUAAAACGACAGCAAGCCAUUGCAGUGCAGCUCUGGAAUAUAGUAAAGUACAAAGUGCUUUUAACAGUUGGAAGGUGAGGACAGAUGACACACUGUGCAGUUCACAUAGCAAAAACAAGGAUUUGCAGCCCUGUUCUCAUAAAGAAAUUAUUUUUCGGGAGUAAUAUGACAUCCGAAGUGUAGCCACAUGCUGCUCCAUAAUUAUGUGUGACUUGAUGCUUUUAUACAUCUGUGAAGAUAAAUUGAAGACAGUGAAGAGAUGGCUCCAUGG